UCGAUGGCGAGGGAAGAAUGGUUUUUGCUAUGUGUAAUGAGCGCGUCUGUACAAAGAUUUAAAUAGUGUUAAUUAAUAAUAUGCUGUAAGAAAUGGGCCUGAUUAAGAUUGAAUACCAGUAUCUUGAAAAAUUUCAUGGUUUGAAAACCGAUGGUCGAUUAGCCGGUGUUAUAUUAUUUAUAGUGUUGGAAACAUUGGCAGGAGUUGCACUGCUUUCAUUGUCAAUAUGGAUGUAUGUUGAUACUGCUUCUUACCUGGCCACAGAUCACAAUGACAAGUUUUUCAUCUCUAUCUACAUAUUGAUGGCAGCUGGGUCUUUAAUGACCUUGGUUGGAUUCUUAGGAUGUUGUGGUGCAAUGCAAGAAAGUUCUUGCAUGCUGGGAAGUUUUUCGACUUUUGUUAUACUAAUAUUCGCUGCUGAAAUUGCUGGUGCUGUGUAUGGUUAUUCUCAUCAAGAUGAGGUAAAAAAGGCCAUAACAAAAAGGGUUACAAACAUGAUAAAGAAUGAAUAUAGUGUUCAAGAUGCUGUAACUUUGGCUGUUGAUAAAAUGCAAGAAAAGUUCCAAUGCUGUGGUGCUUCUGGAAUCGGUGAUUGGUCAGACUCUAGUUUCAAUAAGAAAUUAAGAGAUGGAGCUAUAUUGGCAGCUGUUCAGAAUCUUGCUUUCAAAGUCCCUCAUUCAUGUUGCGUAUCUCCUGAAACAACAGAUUGUGAUUUAGCAACAAGCAUUGGUUCUCUGGGUACAUAUUCCACUCGGCUUCAUUCAGAUGGAUGUCUGAAAAAAAUUGAAGAGAAGGUUACAAAGCAUCUUUUUACAAUCAUUGUUGUUGGAAUCAGUAUUGCAAUUAUCCAGAUCUUUGGAUUUGUUUUCUCUCUGGUCCUUUGUUGUGCAGUAUCUGGAAGAGAUUACUAAGUUGCUGCUUGGCUUGUAAAGAAUUCUGGUGCUGUCAGUAAAAGCAAGCAUACACCAGAAAUGUUGAUUUGUAUAUAUAUUGGGUAACAACAGAAUUGCCAGUACCUUUAUUACAUGCCACCUCUUUUAUGUGGUGAUCAUAAAUCCUGCAUUUUGAUACAUCUCGUAUGUGAUAAACAUUGUUAACAGUUUUCAGAUGAUAUGCAGAAUGUAAUGUAUCAGUAAUGGGUAUUUUUUUUUAAAUUGCCGAAUAUAAUAUCUUUUAAAUUUAUUAUGUUCGUAAUCAUGUAUUGUAUAUGUUUUGUUAUGUUAAUUAUAUUAGUUUGACAUUCAAUCAACUUCAUCUCUAAUUCUAUUCCCAUUUAAGACUGGUUUUGUAUUUUGUGUGAUGUAAGAUACACAGUAUGUAGCACUGAAAUCUACAGUUAUUUAUCAUACUUUGAGUAUAUGAAUGAUAUUUUAUUCUGAUUACAGAAACACGUAAUAAUGCCAAAGCUGUAAGAUCUCAUCUCAUAAAUGACAACUCAAUAGCUGUGUAGCUGUUUUGUUAAUCUCUGAAGACUGAAACAUUAAAUCUCAGUUAAACCCUGUUAGCUAUAUUCUAAUACAUUAAAAUGGCUUUUCAUGAUUUUAAGACUUUAUACACAUGUUUAUAUCAUUUAUAUUAUUUGAAUAAUUUUUCCCUUCCCCCUUUUUCCCCCAACAAAUUUUAUUUUGAGGUAUCUAUUUUCACUUUUCUUAAUUUGGGGGUAAACAAUUUUUUUUUUUUUUUUUUAAAAGAAUUGCACUUAUCCUAAGGUUUCAAAGAAUAAGAAUUAUUUAAGUAGUUAAAGAGAAGUAUUAAGUGCAGUUUUGUAUGUGCUGUAUUUUUUCAUUAUAAUGCUUUGUUAAAUAUGGGUGCUGAAAGCAGUAUAGUUUAAUUUGUAGAAUGAUUAGAGUGAAUAAGAUUGGAAUUUAAAAUAUAUAGAAUUGUUUGAAUUACUCACAAUUAUAAGGAUUUUUACAAGAUACAGGUAUGAAGUAAUAAAAUAACUCAUAAUACAUAAUUUAUUUCCCCCAAUAAUGUGAUAAACUUAAUUCAAUGAACGAUUUUGCUAUCUUUCAUGUGUAAAUUUGUACUUACACAAUGCAGGGUCAAUUAUCACAUUCUUUAGUUGUUAUUAAAAUGUUGCAAUCUUCACUUGUAACUGUUUUCAAAAAUGCUGGGGACAUACAAAGAAGUAACAGUUGUUUUCAAAAAAUCUUCCAUCACACUGUAAGGUUUUAUUUUUAGUUACUAUAAUUCUAAAUUAUGCCAGUAAAUACCAUCAUAGUGCUUAUAUUAAAUAUGUGUGCUUAAAAAAAUAAUUUAUAAACGUCUGUUUAAAGAUAUUACAUUGAAUACUUUAAAGUGUAAUAUGUAUGAUUGGCAUAAUUCCAUUAUUAUCAAUUCGUGAAAGUAACUAAAUGAAAAAAAUUAGCCCCUCCGUCUCCCCCAAAACUCUGAACUUCUGAUUUCUUUGUUCAGACAGUGGUAUUUUUUAAUGUAAUAAAAUAUGUUAUGAAAUUGUAUUACAUUUUAAAGAUUAACUCAUUAAAUACUUGAUUUAUAUAUAUUAAAUCAAAUAUUAACCAUUAAAAAUAUAUGUAUUUAAUUAAAUUCCAAUAAAAUUACUUUUUUUUAACUCAAGUAUUAAAUUUAUAAAAUCCAUUAUUAUUGUGUUGUUUUAUAUUUUAAAAUAUUAAUAAUGUAAGUUUGCAUCAAUAAGUUUACAGUCUUGUUUUACUUGCUUUGCUCCCGCAAAGGAGGAAGAUAAAGAACUGUAAGAAGGAAACAUAUUGACAUGUGAUUUCUGAUAUAUAUUUUUCAUGGAAAUAACAAAGUUUAGCUGUUUGAAAAUAUUUUCAUUUUUUUGUAUUUGUUAACUUAAAAAAUCAAUAUUUUUUAAAACUAAAUUGGAUAAUUUAAAACUAAAUUACUAAUAUUGGAGAAUCCUUUCCUCCAAAAAAAUUUGAAAUGAAAAAUCAGAGAAUUCAAAAUUAUGUAGGCUUAAAGUUUAAUAGUACAGUAAGUCUUUUAAUUUUAGAAAUAAUAAUGUUAACAGGAAACAUUUUGUCUCCCUCACUGCUAACAGUAACCUUUUCGUCAUCUGAAUUAUGGUUUCCUUAAUUUUCAUGCAAAGGUAUAUUAAGAAUUUAAAUGCUAUAAUGCAUAUUUAUAAAAAAAAAUAAUAAAACCACUGCACAUAAUUAUUGAAGUAUCGGGUCUGUAAUCUUGUUACUACUAAGAAGUAUGAAAAUAUUAACAAACAUACUGUAUAUAUCUGUUGCACUGGUAAAGAGUUUAUCAUUAAAAUCUGAAUGAUGUACUAUAAAGAUUCUUCAUGGUUGGGAAUAAUUCAUCAAUACCUUGUUCUGCUAUUUUAUUUGUUCUCUUUUAUGGUGGAAAAACAUGUUAUGAUAAAAGGAUAAUAUUUUACAUAGGGUAAUUGAAAAAUUAUUAUGUAAUGAAGAGUCAGAGUUCUGCUCCAUACAAAUUUUUUUCUGUUCUCUUAUUUCAAAUGUUUAUAAUAGAUUUCUAAACAAAAACUUGUCACUACGUAUAUCUAACAUAUUGUGAAAAAUAUGUAAAAUUUAUGCAGUCUUGAACAGGAUAUAUGUGCCUUAAAAGAAUGUUUGCAUAUAUAUAUGGUAUGCUAAAGUAAGUAGUACAUUUACAUAAUUUGUUUUAUGUGUACAGCUUUUGAUAACACUAUUGUAUUUUUCAAUUCUUCUAAUAAGUAAGGUACAUUUUUCUUUCAGAUAUGCUUCACACUGUUAUAUAGAUCAAUUCAUUAUGUGCUCAAAUAUACGUAUAUUCAUGUAACUUAUAAUAAUUCAUUAUAAACAAGGUGUUCUUAUUGGUUUACUGUACAUUAAUUCCAUACAUUGUUAUUUUUCUGAAUUUUAUAAAUCAAUAAAAUUUCUGUAACUCCUGUAA